AGUAGGUAAGUUGCUGGACUCGGAGGGAAGGAGUGCAUACACCAUGUCCAUCUUUUUCCACUUACUCUUCCUGUGGGUAGUAUCACUCGUCCCGGCGGGUGCGGUCACCGCCCCGUCGGACGUCGCGGCUUUGGCUGCCUUCAAGGCGGCCAUCUCCCCGGCUUCUAUUAGUCCCUCGUCUUGCCUCGAUUCCUGGAAUUUCUCCUCCGACCCCUGCCGCCCCGGCCCUUCCCACUUCCUCUGCGGCCUCACAUGCACAACCACCGGCGGCGGCGCCACCGCCACCUACCGCGUCUUCUCCAUCACCCUCGACCCUGCCGGCUACUCCGGCGCCCUCACCCCGCUCCUCUCCAACCUCUCCCUCCUCGCCCACCUCGAGCUCGCCGACAACGCCUUCCACGGCCCCAUCCCCGCCUCCCUCUCUUCCCUCUCCUCCCUCCAAACGCUCAUCCUCUCCUCCAACUCCUUCUCCGGCACCAUUCCGUCCUCCAUCUCCAAGCUCUCCUCACUUCAAAUCCUCGAUCUUUCUCGUAAUUCUCUAGCCGGCCUGAUCCCCCAGUUCUGGGGCUCCAUGUCCGGUUUGAGAACGCUCGAUCUCAGCUUCAACCGACUAUAUGGGAAUCUCCCCCAGACGAUGCCUCCCAACCUGGUGGACCUGGCUCUGAGAGGGAAUUCCCUCUCGGGGACCAUUAAAAGAGCCACCUUUGCGCCGCUCCGAGCAUUGGAGGUGGUGGAACUGGCGGCCAACCGGCUCGAGGGGAAGCUGGAGGGCUGGUUCUUUCUUCUCCCUUCGUUGCAGCAGGUGGACCUCGCGAAUAAUAGCUUAUCGGGCGUCGAGGUAGGGCCGCCGCCGCCAGGGCAGCGGCUUGUGGCGGUGGACCUGGGGAUCAAUCGGAUCGAGGGGCAGCUGCCGGCGGCGCUGGCGGGAUUCCCAGCUCUGGCGGCGCUGUCGGUGCGGCACAACAAGCUGAGGGGAGCCAUCCCUUCGGAGUACGCCGGAGCCAAGAAGGGGGUCCCGUUCGGGCGGCUGUUCCUCGACGGGAACUUCCUCACCGGGACGGUGCCGGCGGGGCUCCUCAGGAGCGGGGAGCUGGUGGGGAGCUUGGGGGACAACUGCCUCCGGGGAUGUCCACCGGCGGCGCCUCUGUGCUCGCCCCCGCAGAAGCCGAAGGCGGCUUGCAAGCAGGUAUACGGCGUCGACGGGAGGCCGCGGCGGCCCCACUCUUAUUUGGAUCGGUAGAGAGGUUCGCCGGCGGUGGUGUUUUUGGCUACCGGCUUUGGGUCUCUUUGGCGGGUAAAAUUAUGCGCCAUAACAAUAAUAAUAUAUAGUUUUCUGUAAUAUUGUUAUAUAGAACAAGGUUUCUUGUCGUUUCUUACCGUUGUACGGUAAAUAACGGUUUACUAUGAUUGAAACGGACAUCAAAUACCGGAGUUUUUUCAUGCUUCACUCAA